CGGCUGGGUCCCCGUCGUUCGGCGCGAUCUCCUCGUACUCCGUUUUUUCUUAUAAUUCGUUUAGUUGAUUACGAGGAGAGAUUGUGAUGCAAGAAGUGCGUAGCGGCGAUGACAGGGCGAUGACAGAUUCAGAGUAAGGUUUGAGGACAAACGGUGUAUGAGAAUCCCACGUUCGCUGGUGAAGUUGCCACUGCGGCGCUCAUCAGCUGUAUGAGAGGCCGGCGGGUGUGAUCGUGGGUGGCGUCUCGUAUUGGAGCCACGAAGUUGCGUCCCGCUGAGAGGGAGCCAGCAGCUGUUGGUGAAAAAUUCGGGGCCAUUUCCGAGGUGCAUUUGGGCGGGAGACGACGCAAAUCGGAGAGGAGGGAAGUAGCUUGGUUCGAAAUCGUAUUGUGUUGUGUAGCGCCAUUUCCGAGGUGCAUUUGGGCGGGAGACAACGUAAAUCGGAGGAGAGUGGUGUUGCUGGGGGGCGCUUCUCCCCUUGCUGGGGCUAUUGCAGCCCUACCCAAGAGAGAUGGAGAGUAUGAUUUCUCUUUUGGCAUUCGCUCGUCAGAAGAUUCAAGAAGGUCAACCGACGAUCGCCCUCCAAGCGGUGGUAUCAGCUUUGCAAGCGAUUGGAGGAGAAGCUGAGGUAUUUCGAGCUCUGGACCGUGCGCGGUGCCUGUACCAUCAACGGAACGGAAAUAUGAACCUUGGACCUCCACCGAAGGACCCUUUGGAUGAGCUCACAAACCUCUUUGCUCACUGCGCCUUGGUGGAGAAGGCGAACGUGUUUGUGGGAAAUGGCCAAGGUAUGAUGUUGAAUGCGGGGGCGGACGCGGAUGGUGGUGGCGUUCAGGAGAGAGAGUGUGAAGCCAUGGAGGCACGGGAAGAUGACGAUGUCAACAUGUUCGGGAAUUCCAGUCCAAUUCUUGCCGAGUCGGGGCGGUUGCAAGUUGUGCGUGAUGCAUCGGCGGACAACAGCAGCUUUACCUGCUCUCUAUGUGGAGGUGUUUUGAGCUCCGUCCGGCGGGACGAACACAGGCAUUGGUGCACUGGCGGCGUUGCAAGAUGACUGUCCCUCCUCUCACAGGGCCAUGUUUUGGAACUUUCGCAUUGCCAGAUCAUCAUUGCGCAAUGUCCUAUUGUCUUACGCCUGUUCUGUUGUUUCGUGUUGCUGGAUCAUUGUUGCCCAACGCCCUGUUUCUUACUUUCGCCCGUGUAGAGGGUGUUGUUUCCCGUUGAGGCAAAGACUGCGGGCUGGGUCCCCGCGCAUUAGAACAAUCUGCUCAGCUACUCGUUAAACCACCAGUACUUGCGAAAGUCGCAGCCGUAUAUGAGCCGCGGCGACGCACUGGGCCGAACGGUCCUGGCAGCUCCAGUCCAAAUUCACUCAGUGGAAACGUCGCGGCUCUGGCCGAUGUAUGGGUGAAGCUUCUACUGGUGGUUCAAGUGUUGUCGGACAGUGUUCGUGCAGCAUGGGGUUGUGUUGGCAAACACUUGGCUUGGAAUUUACUCCGGAAGGUAACCGAGUGUGUUGGUAAGCAAGAGACUGGUGUCUGUUUCGCUUCGCCCCCUGCCCCCUGCCCCCGCCCCCCUCCCUCUCUCUCUCUCUCUCUCUCUCUCUCUCUCUCUCUCUCUCUCUCUCUCUCUCUCUCUCUCUCUCUCUCUCUCUUCUGGUUACCUCUUCCCACCUGCCUUCUCUCUCUGUCACUCUUUUUUUUGUCCGUCUCUGUCUUUGUAAAAAUUCGUUGUUGUGCUGCUGCUGAUGAUGAUGGCAGGGUCUACUCUUGUGGUUGCCCCUAUCCUGCUGCCGUGUCUCUCUGACGUUCUCUUUUUCUGUUCGUCUCUCAGUCUUUUUAGGAAAGUUGUUGCUGCUGCUGCUGCUGUUGGCCGGGUGGGAGGUGGUGCUGCUGCCAAUUUUCGUAGUGUAGAUGGUUGGAGUAAUUCGAUUGGUGUUAGUAGCCAAGGAAGAAGCGUUGUUUUCUGUUCUUUUCCUUGUUGCCUUCUUCGUCUGAACCGUAGCAAAUACUCCUCCUCGCCGUGGACAGUGUGUAAGUGUGAGUACGCGGAGUGGUUGUUCAUAAGGAUGAGGGUACUAGCGAAGGAGCAAGAGUAGAAGAUAACCAUUUGGAGUGCGGUAAGGUGAGGUUUGUGAGUGCUUACACUGGUGACUGUGAAAGCUUUGUGAAUAGAGAGCGGAGAGUGGGGUUUAUGUACAGAUGGGUCACUUCGGCGUUGACGAUUUCGCGAGCGGAUGUUUAGGUACUCGGUGGAGAUUGAGGAGGGAAAGAUUGAUCAUCAAGAUUCAAGAUUCUGGCAGAGUCUUUUGAGAACAGUUGGACCAUAGAGUUGAUUGGUGUAAAGAUGCUCUUCAGUUUGUGGGAAAAAUGAAGUUGGUUGCUUCCUGUGGCAUACGGGUUUGCGGCAGGAAAAAUGAAGUUGGUUGCUUCCUGUGGCAUAUGGGUUUGCAUCGGGUUAAUCUGAAGAUUCUGAAGAGCUUGGUCUUCUGUUUUCUUUGCUUUUUUUAAGGCCUACCCUGUUUAUCAAAUCCUUUGGUAAGUGAAGUUGGUUGCCUCUUGUAGCAGAUGGGUUUGAGUGGGGUUAAUCUGUAGAGCUUGGUGUUCUGUUUUCUAACUUUGCUGUGCAUUUUUUAAGGAAGUAACGCAAGAAAAUCCUUUUCCUGGUCGCUCAGCGACUCAACACCAUGUUAUUCGCUGUAGGAUUCAUCUUCUUGUUUACCAUAGGAGGACUUACUGGAAUUGUAUUAGCUAAUUCUGGUCUUAAGGAGUGUUUGCUGAAUCUGCCCUGUGGCCGUGGAGAAACGGUCAAAUGGCGAGUCGCUCUGACGGCUGGAGGAGAGGGAAGGGAUUAGAGAAAUGCUCAAUCGUUUGGAUUGUAGGUGUUGGGAGAUGUGGCACGUUGUUGCUCCAAGGCAUCGCAGAUUCGGUUUACAGAGAUGUUGUAGGGAGGUGGAGUACAUAUCUUGCGACUGAAUGGGUUGGGAGUUCUGAAAAAGCUGAGCCCGUUAACAAGCCACGAUUUUAGGAAGGUGAAGGUCCUUGCGAGAUCAGAGUGGGAUUUAUUCCUUGUAGAUGGUCCAAUUAAAAAAAUACCACCAAUACUUCCUAAAGUAGUGGCCGUUAACAAGCCACGAGUGUAGGAAAUGUACGGGCCACUACAGGAGCGCCCAAAUUCAUCCAAGUAGAAACGUUGGACUCUAUUUUUCCCCCACGGCCUAUAGAUGGGGCAAGUACUGGUUGGUGGUUUAAACCACCAAGUAGUAGUAGUUUCCCCAACCUGAAAUCAACGGAACCAAAGCACUGAUGAGUCAGUGUACAGCGGAACCUACGUGAGAUUUUGCAUUACAAAAGGAGGUUGCGAAAGAAGUGUUUCCUGUGAUUUCUUGGACGGAGAAACUCUGCUGACGAGCCCGUGAGAUUCAGACUCGAAGCGUCUGCUCUUCGAGCCUUUGCCAAGGUGGAGAACGUCAUGUGGUAAGAAAUGGAAUCCUUCCCCCGUAGUGACUAUGCGAGUUUGAUCAGGCACAAAGUUCAGGCCCAUGGGUUGGAGGCAUUGUGAUAGGAACUCUUGAGCGCCCUGAACAACUCUUCGAGCCUUGUGAAGAGAACAACGAAAUCAUCGGCAAAAUGAUUGCUGACGUGCUUGUUAAAACUGUUUUCCAUAUCUUCUAUCUACUUUUUUUCAUAGUCUUUAAGGGAUCCUCUUGCUAAUAUUUAUCAAAUCAACACAGGACUUCCCUUGGGAUUGAUCAAUCCAAGUAAUGUAAAUGAAUGUUUUCCCGAUAU